CCCGGCGUGCCCCGCGCCCCGUCCCCCCCGCCAUGGCGUCUGCCGGUGGCGGCCUCGGGUCUGGGCCCGGCGGCGGCGCGGAGCCGGAGCCGGAGCCGGAGCGGCCGCACCCGAAGCCGUUCCUCAUCGGCGUCAGCGGCGGCACCGCCAGCGGCAAGUCCACAGUGUGCGAGAAGAUCAUGGAGCUGCUGGGGCAGAACGAGGUGGACCAGCGGCAGCGGCAGGUGGUGAUCCUCAGCCAGGACCGCUUCUACAAGGCGCUCAGCGCCGAGCAGAAGGCCAAGGCGCUCAAGGGCCAGUACAACUUCGACCACCCCGACGCUUUUGAUAAUGAUUUGAUGCACACAACCCUGAAAAAUAUUGUUGAAGGGAAGACAGUCGAGGUACCCACCUAUGACUUCGUGACCCAUUCUAGGCUGGCGGAGACGACUAUGGUUUAUCCUGCUGACGUCGUUCUCUUUGAGGGGAUCCUGGUUUUCUACAACCAAGACAUUCGGGACAUGUUCCAUCUCCGGCUCUUUGUGGACACAGACUCCGACGUCAGGCUGUCCCGCAGAGUUCUGCGAGAUAUGAAACGCGGGAGGGACCUUGAGCAGAUCCUCACUCAGUACACCACGUUCGUCAAACCUGCCUUUGAGGAGUUCUGUUUACCGACGAAGAAGUAUGCAGAUGUGAUCAUCCCCCGAGGAGUUGACAACAUGGUUGCUAUAAACCUCAUAGUGCAGCACAUUCAAGACAUCCUAAACGGAGACAUCUGCAAGUGGCAGCGAGGGGCAAUGAACGGCCACAGUCGGACCUACAAGCGCCCGUUCCCUGAGCAAGCAGAGAGCAGCAACGUGCUGGCAGCUGGCAAGCGGUCCCACCUGGAGUCCAGCAGCCGUCCGCACUAACCGGUCAGCCCGAAGGCUUUGCCUCUGGUCCACACCAGCACUGAAGACAACUUUGGGAAAGAAAGACUUCAACAAAGCGGUUGGUGAAGUGCCCUUUAAAUUAUCAUAGCAGCGGGGGGGGGGGGGGGCUGCUGCUGCGAAACUUCUUGCGGAGAGAAGAGGAAGGAGUUGGACUACUGCACCUCUCCGCUCAAAAACCCCUCCCCGUCUCCCUGAGAGAUCUGUUCUGUUACUCAGUGAACUGGCUAAAGGCAGUUCUGCCUGCCUUACUUUUUAAUUUUCAAAAUGGAAUCUAUUGCUGAAGCCUCAUGUGAAAGGUGAAUGCUUCCAGGUGUUUAGCAAGCUACCCCAUUCCCUGAUGCUGCUGUUUCUUAGCAGGAAGACAGUCUCUUUUUCCCAGACUAGAUCACACCCUCUUAAUUCAAACAAGCAGGUGCAGUCCUUACUCUUCUCCACCUUGCUUGGGACCUUGAGUUCUGGCACUGCUCUCCUGCUGGCCAACCUCCUUUGUAACCUGUAGUGGCUUGUGGGGGCAGGAACUCACCUGUGGGGUAAUCUCUCCCCCAGGAUAAAACAGAGCCAGUCUGGGACAAAUGGAGACUUACAGCUCAUUGAGAGGACAGGCCCAAGAAGUGCUGUGAUUCUCAUUCCUAAGUGAUACCUUCAGGGUAAGCUCCUGAACCUUGCUGCGCUGUAUGCAGAGGUUUCAAUUUUUGUACCCUUGAAUGUUAGUGAACGUAUGAGCUCCAACUGGAUUGAGUUGCUCAUGGAAACAGAAACCUGACCUUGUCAGUAUUAGUGUCGUUUAGGGCAUUUCUGUACUGCUGGUUGCAGAUUCUGCUGGGCGGAAUCCGUCCGCUUCCAGAGCUGGGUGGUAAAAUUGGCAAGGGGGAAAGCUGUGAAUUGCAGGACCCUCCUUCUGAUGGCACAACAGCUGGCUGGACAUGUUUUUACCGUCAUAUACAGUCACGGUGACUAAACUCACGAAUGUUCUGGUUUUCUAACAACACAAACAAAAAAAAACCACCACUACCAUCAACAUAAAUCAGACAAGAAGCUGGUGGCGUAAACACUGACAGCCAAGUUUCUGCAGUUUACCCCCAAAUAAGUGAUACUGCAGCAAUACAAAGUUUCGGGAAAAAAAAUCUGAAAUGAAGUUGGGCCAUUGAAAAUGUCCUUGUUGUAUCCUUCUCGAAUCUGUACUUAGAGUAAUUUUAAAAAUGGGUUGAGGGGAAAAUGUUAGGAAAAGGAAUUUUUUUCAUAUUUGAUUAUAGUUUUUUCUAAACCAGAGUCUGGCUGUAUUGUUUGUGGAUGUGUUACUUUGGCUAAUAAAGAAAUGAAUAAACAGUGAACAGCAAUGACCAUUUUAUAUAAAAAGUGUUACUGUGCUACAGCAGCAAUGUACAAAAAGGAACACCUCUGGAGAUGCUAUUACACUCAACAGUUCUUUCUCACAUUGACUCAAUUAUUAUAGUUCUGUAUUGGCUGAAGCUUUAGAGAAAAAAAACAAGAACUGCAGUCAGUAUGUCCUGGUGUUGUCAACGCUGGAUGUCAGUAAAGGUUGGUUAUCUAGUGAGCACCACACUUCAGCAUUACAAAAAUUGAAUGCUCAAGAGAUGGCUAUUUCCUAAUGGCUACUGGAUGCUGUUUAGGUCAGAGUGACAGUUAGAGCAUGAGAUGCUGCACUGAAGCACUAGCUAUUAGUGCAGCUGUAAGUAGGCACUAAAUCUGCAAAUGACAGGUGUUCGAUCAUAACUUCUUCAUGGGGAGAAGAUCAAGGCAGCCUUGAACAGCAUCUAUUAGGGCAGCAAUAGGGCAGUAAGGAACUCUACAGUAAAAAGCACCCUGGUCUGUCUAGGACUGAUGUUCUUGGUCAGCUUUGAUCGCGAGUGCAAGAGCCUGUUGCUGCAGCCAAAAAAAAAAAAAAACCAAACUCCACAACUGUGGCAACAGUACCGUGUCUCUCAGUGAAUGCAUGUACAGGUACAUGCUGUUACAUGCCCCCCCCAUGAAAAGCCACCCCACAGUCCUUAAUUUGCACUUUCUGCUACUUUAUGAAUUCCCCUGCUGCUGCAAGUUAGGGCGUGGGCUGAGUUACUUACAUCGUUUUACCCUGAACACAUGCACACGUUAGAGCAGGUUUCCUGCAUGAUUAGUUUACCUUGCUCAGAGUUCUUCUCCCAGUGAGAUCUGAGGUGUAACCCUGUAUCUCAGAACAAAUACGCUGCUGCUGCUAAUAGCAGGCCAUAGGUGUUAAUAAAGGGCUGCAAGGCCUCUGGAUAUAUUUGGCUUUGUCUGACUUCGUGGCUUGCCCUGGAACCUUGCUUUAGCUUGUUUAGCUUUAACAGCAAUUUUCUAAUGCCCAAUUUAUCUUACUUCUGCUUAACAGUAUAAAAAUGAUGGUUAUGCUGCAUGAUUAUACAUAGAGAAAGUUAACACGUUCUCUGCAAAAACGACCUAUUUAUAAUCUUACCUUAGUUCUUAGUUUAGAGAAAUGUAUCAUCAUGCAGCUGAGAGCAAAGGCACUGAAAGUGGGGGCACAGAAUAUGCAGUAGAAGAAUACAGGCAUGGUACGAUGCUGAAGAAUGUAGCACUUACUUACUUAUUACUGAUAGUUAAAAAUGUGAACUUCGGAGCUGGCAAAACCCAGGAGUAACAAAGAGAACAGAAAAGUACCCAACGUGAUGAGGAGUGGCUGGUUAUAGGGACUUCUGUUGCAACAACGAAAUGCAGACCAAAGUGUAUUGGUGGUGGGAAACAUACAAAAUGGCCCCAAGUGCAACACAGAGCAAGAAACCAUCACCAUACUCCCAGAAAAGAGGAAAACCCCUUACAAUGCACUUUUCUCAGCAAAGGAUCUGGGAUAGUGAUAACUUGCUGUUGAUUGAAAUCCACACCCUUCAGACACAGAGGGAUGGGGGGAAGGGAGAGCUACUGUCUGUAAUAGUAUUCUUUAAUAAAAGAUUUUUUUUCUAAUUAGAUGCAGACUACUAGCAAUUAUUUGACCAGCCUUU